AUGGCUGCCCCUACUCAACAAAUCAAUGAUCGUCGUUUUGAAAAGUGGUGGAAAGAUACUGGUCUAUGCAAGCUGUUAGCAUGGCAGGCUACUAUCCUUGUAUCGCAAAUGACCACUGGCUAUGAUGAAAGUGUGGUCGGAAGUUUCCAGUCCAUGACGCCUUGGGUUAAAGAUAUGGGUCACCCUGAUGCUUCACGAAUCGGGCUCAUUACAGCCAUUGUAUUCGUCCGUGGGUUUGUGGGUGCUUUUAUAGCUUCGCCUACUGCCGACUAUUUCGGACGGAGAGUAGGAAUGUUGGUUGGUGCAAGCAUUACGUUUAUCGGUACGGUCAUUCAGACCGCAGCACAAAAUUCCAAUAUGUUUAUUGGUGGUCGGUUUUUCAUCGGUCUUGGAAUCAGUUUCACCUGCGUUGCUGGUCCAUCGUUGUUGUUCGAGCUAGCUCGCCCGUCCAUGCGCGGUAUAAUAUCCUCUUUGUUCAACGUACUUUGGUAUGUCGGGUCCAUCAUCGCCGCAUGGACAACCUUUGGGACCGGUUAUAUGUCUACCAGCUGGUCGUGGCGGAUUCCAUCCCUCAUUCAGGGUAUUCCAGCCCUUUUAGUGAUUAUUUCGGUCCUUGUUGGGCUGCCCGAGUCUCCUCGCUGGCUUUGCGCAAGCGGCAGAGUAGAAGAGGCCCAGAUCUUGGUUGCAAAAUAUCACAGCAACGGUGAUUUGCACUCCAAACUUGUCAUUCGAGAAAUGGAAGAGAUACAGUUGACACUGGAGGCUUCAAGGGGUGUAAAAUCCUGUGGUCAAAAUAGUUGGUCGAGCCUUUACCGUUCGCCAGCCAACAGGAACCGCAUUGCUUUGGUUGCUACAGUAGCUUUAUUGACGCUUUGGAAUGGCCAGGGAGUGAUCUCAUACUAUUUCAGUCCUAUCUUGACCAGUAUCGGCAUCACCUCUACACCACAGCAGACUGGUAUCAAUGGUGGCCUACAGAUAUGGAAUUUGCUUUCUUCUUUGGCAGGCGCUUUGCUGGCAGAUAAAAUAGGCCGACGAACUCUCUGGCUUACCUCAUUUAUCGGCAUGAUUUUCGCCAACGUGCCUCUCACUAUAUCUUCAGCCAUAUACUCCAAGAGAGGAUACAAGGGAGCCUCCUAUGCUGUUGUCGUGUUUCUAUUUCUCUACGAUGCCUUCUUCAACUUGGCCAACAAUCCGCUUCUGUAUUGUUACCCAACAGAAAUUUUGCCAUUUUCGAUUCGUGCUAAAGGACUGAGUAUUCAGGUAGCUGUGUCGCAGGCAGCAUUGACCAUUAAUCAAUAUGUAAACCCGAUUGCACUGGAUCGGAUUGGAUUUUACUAUUACAUCUUUUAUCUUGCCCUGCUUAUUGCCGGGACUCUCAUCAUAUUUACUUUCUUUCCCGAAACGAAAGGUAAGACUGAAAUUGAACUAGCUGCACUAUUUGACGGUUCUGGAUACGAUCGUGGAGAUGGCAUAACGCUUAAUGGUCUGGAGGUUGGAUCCGAUACUCAUACAAUGGUCUGUGAUAAAGGCCAAGUGGCUACCAAACAGGAAGGGUGA